AUGAAUAAAACGAAUGAUUCAACCGUUUCAAUUUAUACUGCAAAGUGGAAAUGCGGUUGUCGAGAAUCAUCUUUUUUACUCGACGGGAACCAGACGACCGAUUUAGAGCAACAUUCUCCUUCUAAAAAAGAAAGGGUGUCUCCUUUGCUCGAUGCAAUUCAUCAAACACAAGAGGAUAGUGAUGAGUCAUCGAUCAGGAGGGACUGUGCUUUUCCCAAGAUUACGAAUAUUCGUGUAGACGAAGCAAACGAAUAA